AUUAGGCCGACCCCUCUGGCGCUUAUUUGUUUAUUUAUGGAUUUUGGUAUUUACUUGUUUUUGGGGACAGUGUCCAGUGUGGCAAGUUUUCUCCCUCCCGUUCCCAAAUCGUAAAUAAGACGUCUACAAAUCGGGUUGUGUUGAGCUUUAUUUAAAUCUCUUGAACGCAGCCUUCCAGCGGUCUCCCUCUCUGCGCAUGCGCACAACUGACACUCCGGUAAUCCGCCUGGAGGAGAUUGCAUCCCCGUCCACUGUGCCCAGGCUAUCAGCGGGGAAGAUUUAAGCGAUGCAAAAUACGCCCGACGGGGAAACGGGAGCGGCAAAGCAGCGAACGGAACCGUGACGGGGGGAGAAUCUGCAGCCGUUAUGGGGGAUUUUUACACCGCGAGCGAGCUCGCAUUCGGGGUGACAAGCGGACCGGAGCGACGUCUCCUCGAAUAAGACCGCGCGGCUCAGCGCUGGAAAUGUGAGAUGAACGCAGGCGGCAAUGGAGCCGGCGGACGAUGACAUUUGCAAACCAAGCUGUCUUAAUUGGAUCGCCACCUCAUGUUUUCACGUCUCCUGAGCCCUGGCAUCGGUUCUCCUUCUGGCCUUUGGUCCUCGGACGCAGAGCACCUUUUUAAAGAAACCCCACGUGACGUCGCAGUGAUGAGUUAAAGUGCGCUAAAAAGAAGCAUUUUCGAUGUUUUCCAACGCCUUCUGGGAGCAUUUGAACUCCAGAUUCAAUCUGUCAAGAUCGGGGACAGCUAAUAUGCAUUAAAGAUGAACUUUUUUCUUCUUCUUUUGUUCUAAAAGUCUGGAUUUAAAUGCAUUCAAAUUAAGUUGAUCUCUGACAGUGGUUCUCUAGUAAGACUUGGUCCCUUUGGCUGCUUCAUGUGAGAUGACACAAAUCUCUGCAAAAGUUGAUGAACAAGAGUCCCUGCAUGUUUGUCUCAGUGGGAAGAUCAGGCUGAAGUUACACUGCAGCUCUCAGGUCAUCUCCUGGCCCAGAGUUGAGAAAUCUGCACCCUCCUGAUCAUUUUACCGAUGCAGUGUAAAAUUGUUAAAUUCACUCAAAUGUUUAUGUGAUUGUUUGAAAUCAGAGUUUUAUCAGUCAGAGGUGACGUCAUUAAAUGCAGCCUCUCAGGACUUUUAAUGACAUUUACCUCUGGAAGAAAUGUAGGAAACCCCCACAGCAGCUGUUAAACUGGGGCGUCUGAAAUUGGAGACUUGAGUAUUUGCAUCCUUGUAGUUUUGCCAAAGCCUCUCCCAUGAAAUGCAAAACAUUUAUUUUCCCUCAUUGUCCAUUUUGUAAAUAACUGGACAUACAAGGAGUUUUUUUUCAGACACAGUUCCCUUCUAUAUCUUUUUAUUACUUACUCUGGAUCGUAACGUGAUGUAAGAGGGUUAGAAGAUGUUUGCUCCGCACGCCCUGAUGUUGGAACCACAGCAAGCACAGUUACACACUUGACCUUUUCUGCGUUCCCUGGUCCAAACAUCAACACGAGAAAAAGGAGGCUAGCAUGAAACGACAGAAGCUGGAGAGAUAUGACAGAAGGAGAACGUGAGGAACUAUGUAUAACAUUGUGGAAGACCUGUUCAUGGAGUUUUACAAGCACGAAAAAUGUAAAUAUAAAAAUUGAAAGCCUUACUUUUUUUUUUAAACUGCACAGACACAAACUUCUUAUGUGUGUAGUUCUGUUUAUAGGAUGCCUGUCCAUCUUCAAGUUAUCCAUAUUUUUUGAAUACUUCUUAUUUCUUAUUGCUGUAUUUGGAUUAUUUUUACUUGAGGGGUUUUUGGUACUUUAAGAUCCCUUGGUGGAUUUCCACGGCAACAGCAGUGGAUCCAUUAUCAACUUUUGACUCUUGAGAAAGCAAAAACAAAGCAGCCCUCUUAUCACACGCCACCCAGAAACAAAUCUAUCGCGUGGUGAUGGGGAGCUCGGCCUCAUCUCUCGCUGCGGAGACUGAGUCGGACCAUGGCUUUCCCAGCACCCCUUUUUCCUCCUCACCCCCUGUGGGCUGGCUCAGGAACAGUCACAGCAGUCCCGUGUGGGGUAGCACCUUCAUCCCACGGCAGCAACACCCGCUGCCUCAUCGAGAGCGGAGCCACUCUCACUCUCCCGGCUCCAUGGCUGCAGCGGUACGUAGCAGUGAGUGGUCCUGCGGACGCUGCACCUUCCUGAACGCCGGUGCAGCACCUCGCUGUUCCAUCUGCGAGGCGCCGCGCCAGAAACCCGAUCUCAACAAGAUCCUGCGGCUAAGUAGUGGCGAGGAGCAUCGUUGGGCGUGUCCCCGUUGUACCCUCAACAAUCCCCUGGAAUCUGGAGCCUGCUCCAUCUGUGGCUUUGGGCCAUCUUCUGACACUCGCAACCCCCCUACCACUAGUUUGGCUGCCACCUCAAAUGGGUUUCAACCUUCCUCUGAUGAACCUUCAGCCCCUACCAUCACCAGCACAGUUUUACUGGAGCCUCAUGGACAGAAGCCAGCUAAAGAGGAAGGCCUAAGGCCACCCGAAAGCAACGGAGAAGGGGGGGAUCUUGGGGGGCUGCACUCAGGUUGGGCUUGCCCACGAUGCACUCUCCACAACACCCCCAUGGCAAUGUCAUGCUCAGCCUGUGGAGGACCCAGAAAACUGUCUUUGCCCAAGAUCCCCCCUGAAGCUCUUGUGGUGCCUGAGGUGCGUACGCCUGUCCAAGGGUUCCCAGUUCACACAGCCGGGUCAGCACCGCUGCUCAUCGACCUAACGGACGACUCUCCACCACCUUCUUCCUCUGAUCCUCAAGAGUCCCCCCAGGGCACUACUCAGACCCUCUCAUCCUCUUUCACCCCCUUUUCUUCUCUACAGAACAACCCUGUGCCCCGGAGCAGGAGAGAGGUUCCCCCUCCUGGGCGGCCUGCUGCAAACACUCCAAGCCCCACCUCCCCUUCAACAGCAGUUGUGCCCCCCCAGCCAGGCCCACAGCAGCCAUCCAAGCCCAAACACGCUCAGCCCCAGGAACCUUCUUACCCCAAAAAGCGCCUCAGCAUCUUGGAAGAAGAAGAUGGUCAACGCCACCCUAAAUCCUCCUCGGCUGUCUCCACCUGGAAGUGCCCCAGCUGCUCCUUACCUAAUUCAGGAAGUUCAUCCAAGUGCGAGGUCUGCAGAUCAUCCCGGGCUGGCUCUGACCUCAUUGACUUAGUUGGUGAGACGGUACGAUUUACCCCCGCGAGCCCCUCUAGUCCGGACUUUAGCACCUGGGCCUGCUCCAAGUGUACAUUGCGCAAUCCUACUGGUGCACCCAAGUGUUCUGCUUGUGGUUCCUCCAAACUGCACGGCUUUCAGGAGCAGCAGCCUCUUUUGCCCCGCUGCUGUACCAACUGUGGCCUCCCAUCAGGGCCAGGCACCGCACCAUGCUGCUGCACGCCUUCCUCUGGUCAUAAAGCACGCAAACAGGCCCGGGGGUUUCCACCUUCCUCUUCUGCUGUGGUCCCUUCUGGUUCUUCCACCUUCUCCACCCCCUCUAACCUCCAGGAGAAAGUAGGACAGUGGAGCUGCCCAGCAUGCACUCUUCUCAAUGACAUUAAGGCCAAGAACUGUGCAGCAUGCCACACAGCUCAGCAGUACCUCACGCUCCGGAAGGUGGUGAAGCCCCUGAAGAGGAGGGAGAGUAUGCAUGUGGAGGCUCGUCGACGAAAUGAUGAAGGUGAAGCCAAAGAGCUUUGGGAGAACAUUGUCAGCUUCUGCAGAGAGAACUCUGUGAACUUUGUGGAUGACAGCUUUCCCCCUGGGCCUCGCUCCGUGGGUUUCCCAGAGGGGGACAGCGUCCAGCAGCGGAUCAAGAAGUGGCUGCGUCCCCAUGAAAUCAACUGCAGCAACUUCAAAGACCGUAGCGUCAAGUGGUCCGUCUUCCGCACGCCAAGGCCCUCUGACAUCCUCCAAGGGCUCCUUGGAAACUGCUGGUUUCUGAGUGCGCUGGCGGUGUUGGCAGAGCGUCCAGAGCUGGUGGAGAGGGUAAUGAUCACCAGGACUAUUUGUCACGAGGGAGCGUACCAGAUUCGGCUGUGUAAAGAUGGAACGUGGACAACAGUGCUGGUGGAUGACAUGCUGCCCUGUGACGAAUAUGGAUACCUGCUCUUUUCCCAGGCCCAGAGGAAGCAGCUAUGGGUGGCCCUCAUUGAAAAGGCUCUUGCCAAACUCCACGGUUCCUACUUUGCCCUGCAGGCAGGGCGUGCCAUCGAGGGCCUGGCAACACUCACGGGGGCCCCCUGUGACUCUCUCAUGCUCCAGGUCAGCUCCACCAACCCCAGGGAGGAACCUAUUGAUACGGACCUCAUCUGGGCCAAGAUGCUCAGCUCCAAGGAGGCUGGGUUUCUGAUGGGUGCAUCCUGUGGUGGAGGCAACAUGAAGGUGGAUGAUAGUGUCUACGAGUCUUUGGGUCUGAGGCCGCGACAUGCUUAUUCCAUCUUGGAUGUUCGAGAUGUCCAGGGUUACAGGUUGUUGCGUCUCCGAAAUCCGUGGGGGCGCUUCUCUUGGAACGGUAGCUGGUCAGACGAGUGGACAGACUGGCCGCAGCACCUUCGUCACGAGCUGAUGGCUCAUGGUAGCAGCGAAGGAGUUUUCUGGAUGGAAUACAGCGAUUUCAUAAAGUACUUUGACUCAGUAGACAUUUGUAAGAUCCACUCAGACUGGCAGGAGGUGAGGCUACAAGGCAGCUUCCCUAGCAAAGCCAGUGGGCCGGUCACGGUCACAGCCCUGACUGUGCUGGAGAGGACGGCUCUGGAGUUUGCUCUCUUCCAGGAGGGAAGCAGGCGCUCAGACACAGCAGACAGCCACCUGCUGGACCUCUGCAUCAUGGUCUUCCGUGCCUCCUUCGGUAGUGGUAACAAGCUGAUACUGGGACGCCUGUUGGCGCACAGCAAGAGAGCGGUGAAGAAGUUCGUCGGCUGUGAUGUCAUGCUGGAGCCGGGGGAGUAUGCUGUUGUCUGCUGCGCCUUCAACCACUGGCAGAUGAAUGUCAGCGGGACGGGAGGCCCACCCACGCCCGUCUCUAGCCCAACCAGCGGAGCAGCACGGCGACCCAGCCAGGACUUUCCCGGCUACAUCUUAGCCAUCUACAGCUCUCGACAGGUCAUGGUGGAGCAGGUGGAAGCAACUGCCACCACCCUGGCUGAUGCCAUCAUCCUGCUGACUGAGAACAAAGGAGAAAGGCAUGAGGGCAGAGAGGGCAUGACAUGCUACUACCUGACCCACGGCUGGGCAGGCCUCAUCGUGGUGGUGGAGAAUCGCCACCCGAAGUACUACCUCCACGUCUCCUGCGACUGCACUGACAGCUUCAAUGUGGUGUCCACACGCGGCAGCCUCAAGACCAUCGACAGCGUCCCGCCUUUACACAGGCAAGUGCUGGUGGUGCUCUCUCAGCUGGAGGGAAAUGCUGGCUUCUCAAUCACCCAUCGUCUGGCUCACCGCAAGGCGGCCCAGGCCUCCCUGGGUGACUGGACCCCCACCAAGGCCACCCACAGUCCCCAGCUGACCCCAGACAUUGAUGGCCUGCACAGACCCAGACCAUUAUGACCCCUGCCCACUUUAUCCCUCACACACAGACUGCAAAAUAAUAAACUGUCAGACCACUGGAAGAUCAGGCAAGGGGGAAAAAGUGACAUGCUGAGCCUGUGUCGUUUUGGCUUUACACAUGUAUUGAAAGCAUUUUGGGGGGAUUUUUGUUUUUGGUUGUCAUCACGCACUCUGCUCCUUGCCAACUGGUUGUGCCAUGUCAGAGUGUUUUUAGAAAAUUGGGCCAAUGAAGAAAUUCACACUACUCUCAGUUCUUCUUUUUUCUUUUUCUUUUUUGUUGCUGAUAGCGAUUUAUGCGAAGCAGAUGUCACUUCUCGGUUUCAUGGAUUUGGAAGCCAAUCCUUUUGGCUAGCCUCCAACAAGGCGUGGCGAAACUACUGAGUCAUCUGCACAGUCACAGUCUAUGACUUACAUUUCUGAUAUGAUGGUUUCACAAAAACAGCUGCAAAACUAGGACACUGGGUAGAGAAAUCCUCCGUACGGUACCUAGAGCCAAUCCCACAAAUGACAAUAUUUCAUGUUUUUCUAUACACACGUUUAGCUUUUCUUGUUUUACGUACAAUCUUUGCCGUUUUAUCCAUAUUUAGUUGUUUUUAGACAAAGCCCUUAUCCAUAAGGUGCAGUCUGCCCCUCCUCUUCAUCACCUCAAUGCUGUUUAGCACACUCUAGCUCAGGACCAAACCCAUAUUUUUUGUACAUUAAGUCUAGCUUGGGGGUUGUGCUGGCUGUGUGGUUCCCAGAUAUCUGGAUACAUCCUCCCCUGACGUCUGCUGGCGGCGGUGUAAGCAGUGCCUCAUUUGCCUCCCCUUCACUGAGGAGUUUUAGCUCUACUUUAAAAAAAAGAUGUCACAUUUUUUCAUUCAUUUUCCGUCUGGGCUCUUGGGAAGUUGACACAUCCAGAAUUCUGUUUUUUUUUUUUUUCCAGUGUAAAUGCAACUUCGUGUUGUAACCUCUGAUUAUACUUUUGCACUCUCGUCGUGCCGCAUCCAGCUAGUAUCCACUUACCACUUUUAGUAAAUCAGUUUUGUGUAUUUGGGGAAUUGCUGGAGCAGGGUUGUGCUGUUGUUUUUUUUUAACAGAGCUGUCGAUUUGACCUCGGGUGGUCAGGCACCACUUUUGUUUACUUUUGAGGGCAGCGCCAUGCCGUCCUCCCGGAGGAGCACAUUGACAGCGUAUUACGCACAACACAAAGUCCUCAUGCAAUGACAAAUUGCUGUUUUGUCAGGCUCUGUGCACUCCUAACAAGAGGGACCAGACCCCUGAGACACAAAGCCACACAAUACCUUGCUGUCCUCAAGUGUCGUGUGUGAGGACGGGUUGCUUACAGCUGUUUUAUGUCAGUCAUUGUUAAGAGCGGCAGUACAUUCUCAUUCCUCCAGUGUCAAAGCCAUUACUUCUGAUUCAGUCUUUACCAUGGCAACUAAAGGAGAAAGGGGAAAGAUUAAUGCGGUACUAAAGUGAAUUGAUACUGUGUGACUUUUAUUUUUUAAUUGCAAGCUGAAGUCUUACAUUGUUUAAAAAUGGGGGUAAAACUUGAAACUUAAAAAGCUAAAAUCACUUCUAAUGAUUUCUCACACACUUUUAAAAAUGCGGUUACAAAAAAAAAUCAUCUUCUCAUGAUAAUUGAAGCUUUUACUAAUUUAUUAUUACGAAGCGGGAAGCGCCCAGUGUUUACCAUCAACUGCAGGACGCACUUCUCCGAGUCCUCUUUGUUUGUUCGUACAAAGACGCUGAAAUAUUGUACAUAUGUUUUCCAAAGAGACAUCCUGUGUAGUGAACAUGCUCAUAUGUCUGAUUGUUGCGAGAGCUGUGAAUUUGACCUCUAAUUUAUUUGUACACGUGAGUACAAGUCGUAGUUUUCUAAUUGCUGAGUAACUGAGCUCAUGAAUGACAGAUCAAGGAAUGUGACGCAGCGUGGCUUUAGUCGGGAAACACUGAAACACCUGCAAAGAAAAGGCACCUGGGAUAUAAAUGUCAGUGCACAUUUAUGUGAAAUCCAUUCUUCUGUUUUGUUUAUUACUUUUACUGUUGUUAUUUGCGUCAUAUUUUUGUUUUUUUUGGCUCUUGGUGUCCCACAAAGAUGCCUCCUUUUUUUGUUCUCAGUGGCUCUUAUGUGUUUAGGGCGCCCCCUGCUGCUGGACAUGGCAGCAGCCAGAGUGGGAGGGGAGGGUAACCCAGCUUACAAAAUGCCUUUUUUUCCCUUCUCCUUAGUCCUGAUCCCACUUUGUAAAUUGUACAGACUGCAAGCUAACACGAAACAAAAGAUUUAAGAGAAAACUUAAGGUGGAAGAAAAAAUCUGAUCCUUUAAAACUUGUAAUAAACAAAAUAUGGUAUGAUCAUACGAACAACAAACAAAAAUAUAACCGAAUUCAACUCUGAAUGUUAUGUUUUGUUGAUUUGUUUUUUUUUUUCUUUGGAAUGGGGGGGGG